UAAAGAGAUAUAUAUAGCUAAAUAUAAGGCAGAUAUAUACAAAAGUGUAGUACGUGUGCUUUGAAACACGAAAUAAUGGGCCGCAUGGUUGUGAAGAAGAUCGGUCUCCUCUUUCUCCUCAUUGCAGGAUCACUUUUAUCAACUUCUCUGGCAGGUAGACAGUUGAUUAACUCGGCAAACAAGUUUUCUAAAGCAGUGGAUGCAACUCUUGAUGAGGAAAUGUUAAGGAAGCCAAUGAACCACAAGGAAAUUGCCAUAGUUCAUGAAAGGCUUCUGAGGGCUAACACCAAAGACUAUGGAAAAUACGACCCAGCACCAGCUCUUGUUAAGCCUCCUUUCAAGCUCAUUCCCAACUGA